AGAGAGAGAGAGAGAGAGAGAGAGAGAGAGAGGGAGACGAUCGCCAUUGCUGGAGCUCGGAGCUUGCUACCAUCGUUGACGAUUGCGCUCGAGCUAAAACAUUGAGCUCUUUCCAAGGGCUUGAUUUGAAGCUAUCCAAUCCAUUGUGUAUGUCAGCACAUUUGGUUAUUGAUGAUGCAAAACAUGCCCCAUCUUGCUCUGAAAGUUGUAGAUUGCCAAUUGCCAACAGCCGCACUUUUGAUAAAGAAUGUUUGGCCAAUUCACCCAGUGAACAACCUGCUCAUGUAUCUAAUGAGAUUACCGUCUCCAGAGUUUGUGAGCUUGUACUUACAAAUGGGGAUUUUUAUUCUGGAACACUACAAGAAAACAUGCCAGAGGGAUUAGGGAAGUACAUCUGGCCGGAUGGUUGUGCUUAUGCUGGAGAGUGGCGAAGAGGGAUGAGACAUGGUAAGGGGAAGAUGUUGUGGCCUUCCGGAGCUGUUUAUGAGGGGGAGUUUUUCAGUGGAUAUAUGCAUGGUGCUGGAACAUACAUUGGUUCAGACGGCUCGAGUUACAGGGGACGUUGGAAGUUAAAUUUUAAACAUGGUUUGGGAUAUCAAACAUUUCCUAAUGGUGAUACCUUUGAAGGUUCUUGGAUUAAUGGUAAUAUAGAAGGAGCUGGUAAAUAUGUUUGGGCCAAUGGAAACAUAUUUAUUGGCAGUAUGAGAGGAGGGAAAAUGUCAGGGAAAGGAACUCUGACUUGGAAAAAUGGGGAUACAUUUGAAGGCAACUGGUCAGAUGGCAUGAUGCACGGUUCUGGAGUGUAUACCUGGAGUGAUGGUGCAUGCUUUGUUGGAACUUGGACCAGGGGUUUGAAGGAUGGAAAAGGUGUAUUUUAUCCUAAAGGAAUAAAGCUUCCAGCCACUCAGGAGGUUUAUGUUAAUGCUCUGAGAAAGCGAGGGCUGUUGUCUGAUUUUAAAAGGUUGAGCUAUGGUUCUCGCAUUCUUCAUUCUUCUUCUGUUGGCAUGGAAAACACGAAGGUCAAUGGGAUUCGAAAUGGAAGGUUGGUAAAUUUGAAGCGAUCUUACACCCAAAGUGCAUCUCUGGAAAGACGCUGGAGUUUUGAGUUGGCUAUUGAGAAGGUUAUUGGACAUGAUACGACAAUGGAUAUAAAAGAAUCUUCUGCAAGAACUGAUACAAGGAUCAGUGGUGGAAAUGUUCCAAUCUUAGAGAGGGAGUACAUUCAGGGCGUUCUUAUUAGUGAAGUAGUAGUAGACAAUGCAUUUCCAUCUUCAUCCAAAAGAGACAAAAGACAGCAAAAGAAACUAGAAGACAUCAAAAGGCCUGGAGAGACCAUCAUUAAGGGUCAUAGAAGUUAUGAUCUAAUGCUCAGCCUGCAGCAAGGAAUCAGGUAUACUGUCGGAAAAAUUACACCUAUACAAAGACGUGUAGUUCGCACAUCAGAUUUUGGUGUUCAAGCAAGCUUCUGGAUGGAUUUUCCAAAAGAAGGUUCCAAAUUGACACCACCGCAUCGCUCACAAGAUUUCAAAUGGAAAGACUAUUGUCCAAUGGUCUUCAGAAAUUUGCGUGAGAUGUUCAAAAUUGAUGCUGCAGAUUACAUGAUGUCAAUAUGUGGAAAUGAUGCUCUUAGAGAGCUUUCUUCCCCUGGGAAGAGUGGUAGUGUCUUUUUCCUUUCUCAGGAUGACCGUUUUAUGAUUAAAACCCUUUGGAAACAUGAAGUGCAGGUUCUAUUAAAGAUGCUUCCCGACUAUCACCAUCAUGUUUGUACCUAUGAAAAUACACUCAUUACUAAGUUUUUCGGUCUUCACAGGGUGCAACCCUCUAGUGGUCAGAAGUUCAGGUUCAUAGUAAUGGGAAACAUGUUUUGCACUGAACUGAGAAUCCACAGAUGGUUUGAUCUGAAAGGAUCUUCAUUGGGUCGUUCUGCCGACAAAGUCAAAAUUGAUGAGAACACCAUACUCAAGGAUUUGGACCUGAACUACCGGUUUUACUUGGAACAGUCUUGGCGAGAUGCCCUCCUUCAGCAGAUCGAGAUAGACAGUAAGUUUUUGAGGAAGCAGCGUAUAAUGGAUUACAGUCUCUUAUUAGGUGUGCAUUGCCGAGCACCGCAACAUCUGCUGCCCUGUUCAUCUCAUAAUAGAAGCACCAUCAGAGACAGAUUGGCUAUAAUUUAUGAACAAGAUGUCGAAGAGGACGAGCAAUUCAAGUACCCACAAGGCCUUGUUCUUGUACCUUUAGGAAGAGAUGAAAAUAGUGUUGUUGUCGGUUCUCAUAUCAGAGGUAGUAGGUUACGGGCAUCAUCGGCCGCUGGUGAUAAGGAAGUGGAUCUCCUGCUCCCUGGUACAGCCAGGUUGCAGAUCCAAAUGGGUGUGAACAUGCCUGCAAGAGCAGAGCAUAUAAACGAAAAUGAAAACGAGGGUCAAAUGUUAAACUUUAAUGAAGUUUAUGAUGUGGUUCUCUACCUUGGUAUCAUUGAUAUACUGCAGGACUACAACAUGAACAAGAAAAUAGAACAUGCAUUCAAGUCAAUUCAGUUUGAUUCAUUUUCAAUCUCAGCUGUGGAUCCUGAUUUUUACUCCACUCGUUUCCUCAAAUUUAUACAGUCUGUGUUCCCAGAGAACUCUUUUUGACAAUGUUAUAUUAGAAAUUGAAUUAUUAAUUAUGCAUGUGGAAUUAAUCAAGUUUAUAUUUGUCCAAAAUGGAAAAGAAUACAGGCAGGGUUGUAAAUUUAUUACAGUAGUUAUUUUCUUUCUAUUGAGAA